AUGGAAUCACUAAAACAAUGGAACGACUUAAGAGGCCAAUACCAGCAAAAACUUGGAAGGCCUCAAACAGCCCCGCGACAAGUAAAGUAAAUUAAGAGUCUCAAAGUCUUCUAGAGCUGAUGCCUCCUCACAUUCGGAUUACGCUAGCCUGUAGUCUCCUUAGGAGCAGGGCUUGAAUUGUAAUCCACAGUAGUUUGGCUAGGAAGAAUCCCUGUCAGAACUUCAUCGGAUGCAAUGGAGGUAAAGGCUAGCCUAAUGCCUCCUGUAGGCCACCUUUGAGAGGAGUGAGGCCCCUGAAAAGAUAAACACUCUCCAGAGCAGGUAGGGAAAAAAGUGGUCCAAAAGCCACCCUGAUAAUAAUAUUUGGGUUUUGAGUCACCGCCAGCUAACACCAAAGGUUUGCCACUACUAGGUGGGCAAGAUUAAGAUUUUACACAGCCAUAAGCGGGUUCCUACUAGCCGGACUACCUUAACUCCAGGAAAAAUGGCCUACGUUGGGUGCAUACACCUGAGUGCAAUUGGUGUAAUACCCAACCAAAACUUCGCCCUCUUGAAUUUUCUGGAGAGAUGCACCUAACCUAAGGAUUAUCCCUAGGUCAGAGUCACCUUCUGUAAGGUGCUUGGAUAAUCCCAAUAGAUGAAGACUAUGUGAGAGGCAAAAUCUGCCUAGCUCACCUGGCAGGGACAGAAAACCUUCGAGGAAGAAGCAAAACUUCCAUCUUCUGCAAGACAUCCCCAAGCCUAGGGAGGCAAAGGGUUAGAAUUAAAGGGCUGAACAUUGGUUUAAGUUAUAAAGUGACUUUAGUGAUUAGGGUGGUACGUCAUCAUAAAGUUCCACCACGAUAUUAACUACAGAACAAGUAAGGUUUGAUUUCUCAGAAAAAUAUAGCUUAAGAGAGUUUCGGAAUCUUAUCCCAUAUUUAUUAACGAGCUCUUUUUUUAUUCAUUUUUUGUUGAGUAUAUGUAGUUUUUAUAAAAUAUUUUAUAUGAAGUUUUGCUAUUAAUUUAUUUCAAUUUUAUUCUUAUGAAAGAUAGAAAAGAAUGAGGUAAACAAAAUAAUAUAUAUAUUAUAGCGGAAAAAUUAUUCCAUGUGUGGAUCCAAACACAUAUGUGGAUACCUGAUCAAAAUGGCUCCACACAUGAAUUUUGGCUCCACACAUGUAAUGAUUUCUGUACUUGCCGAGUCCAAUUCUAAUUAAUGCAAAGCACUAUAUCUGUAAGUUCUCUAUGAUAUUAUAACCCAUUAUAAUUGUAAUAAAAAAAUCAAAUUUUAAUAGUUAAGUGUUAAAAUAAAUUAUAAUAAAUUUUGUUCAAAGACAAAAUAGUUUAGUUUGUUAUUAAUGGAGGCUAAGUUAGAGAAACAAAAGCUUUGGAACUUUUAAAUUUCACAAGUUCGAAUCUUGCGUAUUCUGAAGGCCAGCGAACUCCAGAACUGUCAGUAUUUGAAAAUCCUAGUUUUUCUAAUAAGUUGGAGUAUGCGGAAGAAUAUAUCUGCUUAAUCAAGCCAAAUUUAGACAUUUUUUAUAUUUCAAACCAAAUUGAGAAGGAGCAUUCAGGAAAUGAGUCUUAUGACGAAUGAAAAUUGCAGCAUAUUAGGGAGGACCAAGAAGAAGAAAAAUAUAAUGACUAUCAGCAGUUUCUUAAAAAGCUGAAUUCUCCACAAGUGACUCAGAUUAUUGAAAAUUUUGAUGAAAUCGCUUCAAAAAGAUCCUCAAAGGGUAUUAAAAUUGAAGAUCCUUACGAAGCUGAGCAAAAAUCAGUCUCUUCACAGAAAGAAAAAAGUAUUGAAAAUAAAGAAAAUUCUCACGAGUAUAUAGAUGAAGAAAUAAAAGAUGCUGUUUCUAAUAUUGAAAAAAAUGAAAAAGAAUUAUCAGACAGCUCAUUUGAUUUCAAUAUUUCAGAUAGCUAUCCUUUGGAUAGUUUGAAGGUCUCAGAAAGCUUGAGGGAUGGACAAAGUAAAGCUAUAUAUCUAGAUGUUUUUGAGUGCCUAACAAGGCCUGAAAUAGACAUUGAUUAUUAUUCAAAGAGAAAAAGAUCAAAACGGUCUCAUAGGUCUCAUAGGUCUGAUAAAUUAGCUGUGAGCGAUACUAAUUUAGAAGAAACCAAAAUCGAAGUUUUUGAAGUUUUAAUAAAGCCAAAAAUAAAGAAAAAAGGAAUAACGAUCAUAGGGAAGAAGAAGGUAGCAUAGCUUAGUUAUAAAUAUGGACUGCUAAGCCUUGACUCUUACUGGUAAGCGGAGAGCUGAAAAAUCAUCUCAAGAUGGUAAAUCAGCCUCAAUUUGGCCAAUAUGUGAUAUCUUGUAUAUUUUCCAACAGCUACUUUUACUUUCCUCUUUUUCUCUUGAUUUAUAUACAAAGAAAUGGAAAUUUCACUAUAACUUGAGCAGCUGUAUGGAUUGUUCAAGACUUCAGCUCCUAACUCCAAGUGGAAAGCUUGCAAAGUCAACUCCAGUUGACAAAUCAAAUUGAUGAUUUGACUAAGCUAAAUUGCUUAAUAAAGCCCGAAUCUUAUAUAGAUUAUUAUUCAUUGAAGGAAAGAUCAAAUUCCCCUUCUACUGAUAAUAAGUCCAUUCAUAUUGAUAGUAAAAGUGGAGAUUUAUCACCUUUCUCUAGCAAGUCCAAUGAAGAAGACAAAUUAAAUUUCAAAUCUGAUGAAUUUCAGCGUUUUUCAAAACCUAGAGCAGAUUUAAGUUACCACUCAAUAGGAAAAAAAACUGAAAAUUCCAUUUCUGAGCAUAAGUCUAUUUAUGAAGAAAAUAAAAGUGGAGAUAUUUCGCCUUUCUCUUAUAAGUCUAAUGAAAAUUAGAUUAAUUCUAGCGGGCCAAUGAGGUUUAUUUCAGCCUCUACCCUUACGAGUUAUUUUUUACACUAGGUGGCGCUCGAUGCUAACUCAAAAUAACCCCUUUCGGGGAGACUUACUAGCUCAGGUCUUGAUUAUUGACCAGCGAUUCAGGGCUGCCUACUGUCAGCGGGCUCGCUGUAUUGCUGAAUCGCCCAAAAUCUCCUUCUUGGCCUGCCUUAGUCCUAUUGCAGACUCAAGAUUGCUUCCAAAGAAGCACAGAAGGAUGACGGCUCGGUCUGUCGUCUGUGGGUUGAUGAAAAAAAGAUUUAUCACAAAAAGACUAUUUCGGAGAAAUUAUCACCAAUGGGAUCCUCCUUCCUCGAGCCUGAAUCAACUCACAGGACACUAUUACCUUACUUCGCUCUCCAUUUUAAUAAUUCUGUCUAAUGAAGAAAAAGAAGAAGAAAAUAUUAAAUUGAGCGAGUUUCAGCUUUUUGAAAAGCCUGAAGUAGACUUGAUCUAUCAAUCAAUCGGGGGAAAAUCUGAUAUGCCAUUCUCUGAAAAUAAGUUUAUUUAUGAAGAAAAAUCAUUUUUAUCAAGCAAAGCAAAUAAAGAAAAUAAAAUUGAAGAUGAAAUAAUAUUUUAUGGAAUAAAGGAUAAAAGCUUGCAACCUCAAGAAAUGCCAUUGAAUAUAGCAAAUGAAACUAGUGACAAAUUUAUAUCUGAAAUGGACAAUUUAAUAAGCAAUGCUGAAAAAGAGCUUGAUUUUGACAUUAAGCCAGAUGAGCUUACUUUCACUGAACCAAUAAAAAUCCAAAAUAGAGAUUAUAUAGAUGAGCAAAAAGCCUAUGAAACCUCAUUACGUACUAGAAAUUUAUUAAGACAAGAAAAUAGAACUACUCAAAAACCAUACGAAGCUCUAGACACUUGGAGAAGAGAAACUAGAAGGCCGAUGCCAAAAGAAAGAGAGAUAAACAAGUUUAUAGAAAGAUGAGAGUUUAUUCAUACUUAUCAAAUUUUUCAAGCAUUUAUUUUUAUUUGCAAAACCCAUAGAAAAUGAAUUAACGGCGUUAAAGCAGAAUUCCAGCGAAGAAAAUUGAUUAACUUCUUGCAGAAUUGGAAAUUGUAUAAGAAAUACAAAAUAGCAAAGAGAGAAUUAGCUGUUAAAAAAGCCAAAAGAAUUGCAGAUAAAUGGUAUAAUUUAACGAUAAACAAGAAAAGGAUGAAAAUUUAUUCAUAUCUUUAUUGGUAUAAAAGCAUGAUCAGCAAAGGACUAUUAGGAUGAAAACUAGUCACCCAGAAUAUGGUUUUUAAUAAAAACAGAAUAAAUGAAUGCAGGAGGCGACACAGGCAAAGGCUUUUUUAUAAUACAUUUUAUGCUUGGAAGCAUAUGAAAGCAUUAGUGCAAGCUAAUAAUAUUCCUAUAAGAAUUAGCACAACCACCUCUGUUUCAAAAACCCAUGGAAAACUUCGAGAAUUCCACAGUAUUGAUAUUAAAAUUAUGAACCGUUAA